AUGAAAGAAACCGAAACACUGAAGCUUUUCCUUGGGAUUUGUGGAUUUGGUGCUGGGAGCGGGGAAGAGAUCGCGCUAGAACUCUUUAAAGCAAUUCAGCAAUCAUGGUGCUCGGUAAUCGUUUUUUCACGAACUUAUGCCUUUUCAAGUUGGUGCUUGGAGGAGCUUGCUGAGAUUAUUAAACAACAUAACAACGACGGCCAUAAAGUGUUUCCAAUUUUUUACGAUGUUGAUCCAUCUGAUUUAAGAAAACAAAAAGGGAAAGUGGAAGAAGCCUUUGCCAGACAUGAAGAGAGAUACAAAGAAGAAAGUGAGAAGAUCCAAAGGUGGCGAAAUGCUUUGAUUCAAGUGGCUGCAAUCAAGGGAUGGCAUUUAAAUAACAGGCAUGAAUCUGAAUUUAUUGGAGACAUUGUUAAGAAGAUAUCAGCAAAACUAUGUCGGACAUAUCCAGUUACUCAGAGCGACUUGGUUGGUAUUAGUGAACGCUUGGAGGAUUUGUAUUUGAAAAUAAACAUUGGGGAAGAUGAUGUCCGCGUUAUAGGAAUUUGCGGAAUGGGUGGCAUCGGUAAAACGACACUCGCAAGAGUUGCUUACACUCAAAUGUCACCUCAUUUUGAAGGUAAAAGCUUUAUUGCUGAUAUUCGAGAAGUUUCAGACAAAUGCGGACUAGUUUCUUUACAGAAACAACUUCUUUCACAGAUCUUUCAUGGUGAAUGCUUCAACUUUUUCGAUGUUCAUGAAGGGAGCGACAUAAUUAGCCAUAGGUUGUCUCACAAAAAGGUUCUUGUUGUUCUUGAUAAUGUUGAUAACAUACAACACUUAAAAUGCUUGGUUGGAAGGCACGAUUGGUUCGGAUUAGGAAGUAGAAUCGUUGUAACAACAAGAGAAGAACAUUUGCUUCGAUCUUGGCCAGUUGAUGAUAUGUAUGAGCCCACAACAUUGAAUCCCAAAGAUGCGCUUCAACUUUUCAGUCUGAAAGCUUUUCAUAGUGAUACAGUGCAGAAAGAUGAUUUCAUUGAGCUUUCUAAACAUGUUGUAAAUUAUGCUGGCGGACUCCUUUAGCUCUUGAAGUUUUGGGUUCCUUCUUGUGCGGUAGAGAUGCGACUCAAUGGAGAAGUGCGAUUGAAAGACUUAAAAGAGAUUCUAAUAAAGAAAUUUUCGAUAAACUUCGAAU